AUGAUUUUAGUCUUGACAAGAAGGCUGUCAAAAACAGUGCGAUUGGUCAUAUUCACUAUAUUGUGUUGUAUACUGUUUUUGACCGCUAAUCACAUCAUCAAAUCUGGUAUACUAACUGAUAGUUGGGAUUUUAUACCAAGUCAUUUAACUGGUGAUAAGUCGGGAAUACCUCAAGAACCAGCUAAACCAGAUGCAUAUGCUAUUCAUGAAGAUCAGCGACCUUUAUCAGACGAUUUAAAGUAUGAAAGGCAGGUGAAAUUACACAAGUACUUUGAAAAGGUGUUUCAACAUAUAAAAGAGUUUUCUCCUGUGGGCAGAAGUAGUAAGAAAUACGGUAAGGGGUGUAGGUUAGAUGAGAAUGUUGUGGGGAGACCAGAUAGUGUUGAUAGGUGGGAUUUACUUACGACCAAGAAUUUGGGUCAGUGUUUGGAAAUAUCGAAGUCAGAUAGAGAUAUGUUGAAGAAAAAGCACAACAGUUAUGUUAAUGCUAUAAGCCUUUUAUCUCUCCCAAAGGGUGCUUACCAGGGUCGAGGUAUUGUGACUGUGGGUGGAGGUCAGUUUAGUGUUUUGUCAUUGGUGAUGAUUAAAAUGCUAAGAAAGUUAGGUACUACCCUUCCUGUGGAAGUUCUAAUCCCUCCUGGCGAAGAAGGCGACGAACAGUUAUGUAAACAGGUUUUCCCGGAGCUAAAUGCUAAGUGUAUUUCACUUUCUGAUGUUUUGCCGGCAUCUGUUAUUAGUAAUUUUGCGUUUAAAGGAUACCAAUUGAAAUCUUUAGCUAUAAUUGCGUCAAGCUUCCAAGAUUUAUUGCUCCUAGAUGCUGAUAACAUCCCAGUUGUGCCUCUAGAUAACAUUUUCGAUGCCGAGCCGUACAAGUUCACAAAAUUGGUGCUCUGGCCAGAUUUCUGGAGAAGAACAACGAGUCCGAUAUACUAUGAGGUUGCAGACAUACCGGUAGGUCCUGAGAGAGUUCGUAACUGCAUGGAUGAUUUUACACCGCCAUCUGUAUACACUGAAUCGAGUGAUCUUGACAAAGUACCUUUGCAUGAUCUCCAAGGUACAGUUCCUGAUGUUUCAACCGAAUCUGGGCAAAUAUUGAUAAACAAAUAUUACCAUCUGCCAACAGUUUUGUUGUCUUUAUAUUAUAACGUCAAUGGGCCUACAUGGUACUACCCAAUGUUUUCGCAGAAGGCCGCAGGGGAGGGUGACAAGGAGACGUUUAUUGCUAGUGCCAACUUUUACGAACUGAAAUACUACCAGGUAAAAUCCAUUCCUGGUGUUGAGGGCUACCGGAUUGACGGUAAUCCAAGUAAUUUCCGUGGCGUGGCUAUACUCCAGCACGAUUUCCGUGAGGACUACAAAGGCUAUAUGAAAGCACAAACGCAUGCGAAAGAAAAAUACCUUGAGUCGGCUACAUUGGACCCAGAUUACUCAUUAGAAAAACUUUAUAAGCAAUACUUUGGCAAUGGAAAGGGCGACGAUAUUCCAUUCAUGUUUGCACACUGUAAUUUCCCCAAGUUUGAGCCUUGGGUGUUGUCUGCGCGUGACGAUUUGAUAGAGAAUGGCCACCAUAUUCGUAGUUUCACUUCAUUGGACAAAUUACAGAAUUUCGACUUGGAACUAGAGGCAUUCGAUAUCCUCAACAAAUAUAUCUGCCAAGAGAUGGUGGAGUUCCAGUAUUACAAGAAUCUUUCGGUGGAGGAACGAACAAAAAUGUGUCAAUACGUAAAAGACCGUUUGAGAUUCUUGAAGGAGACUCACGAGAGUGCCACAAAUGCAGUAGAUAAGGAUAAUAGAUAG